AUGCAAAUUGAUGCUGAUGUCGUGCAUGCUGGUGCUCCCGUUUUGCUGCGAUCCGAGAGGUGCGCCAAAGCCUGCGGGAGCCGUCGCAGUCGUUUCACAUCCACUGUCUUUGCUGCCCGACGCAUGCGGUCCAGCAACAGGAGUGACUGGUCCUGUUCUCAAGGGAUGUGGAGGGGCGUGUUGCCGGGCACAGCGGGCCCGUUCCGCGGCGUCGCUGUGGUUGUGUUGCCGUUGUUGUGGUUUGUGGGACUGGUGAGGGAAGAGCGUGUGCGGACGAGCGGGGCAUACGUCGUGGAAGGGGAAGUAAACUGUGAGCCCGCCACACUUUUGUGCGUGGUGUACGUCGGCUUCCCUGCGGUGUGCGUGUUGGGUGGGUGUGCCUGUUGA